CAAUACAACAAAUUAAUGGAAAUUUUAAUAAAUAAAAUUGUUCAAAUCAAUAUUUGUUUAUUAUUAAAAUACCGAAUGUAAUACAUAAUAUUUAAGCUAAAAUCAAUUAUAUAAAUUUAGUCUUCCAACAGGAGUAAACAAUAAAAGUCAUACACAGCGGCCGUCUUUAUAGAAAGCUAUAAAAAGGAACAACAAUAAAAUAACCUAUUCGAUAAUGAAGGUUUUAUAUCAAAUUUUUAGCAUCCUGGUGAUAGCAACAGCUGUUGCCGUUACCAAUGCAGCUAAAUAUUUGGCAAAUAAACCUGACUAUUUGACACCCUGUUAUCUACAGGAUCCCAACUUUAACACCUGUUUUACCAAAAACUUUCAAGUGCUUUAUACCGAGUGGAAGGAUGGUAUACCCGGUUUCAAGGCGGCUGGUACAUUUGAUCCUCUCUAUGUAAAACGUAUUGUUAUUACACAAGAUGCCAAUAGUCAAUUGGCUUUAAAUGCUGAUCUUUCCAAUGUUGUUAUAACUGGUACCAGUAAAAUGGUCGCUCAAGAAAUCAAAUUCGAUAUAAAAUCAUUAAGUUAUUAUGUUAAAUUAUUAGCACCAAAAUUACGUCUUGAUUUCGAUUAUAAACUUAAUGGACGUAUUUUAAAUUUACCUUUAAAAAGCAGUGGCAAGGCUUUUAUGGAAGUUGAUAAUUUUGUAAUGAUUCUUAAACUACAAGUUAAACUACGUGAUGAACAUGGUUUCACCUUUACCGAUAUAGAAAAAUUACAUCUGGAUAUUAAAGAUGUUGGCGGUUUUCAUGUAUAUUUCGAUAAUCUUUUUAAUGGUCAAAAUUUAGAGGACAGUAUAAAUGGUGUGUUCAAUGAGAAUUGGCGUGAAUUUUAUCAAAUUGAAAGACCCGCUAUAACAAAAUCCGUUCAAGAGAUUAUGAAAGAUCGUCUAUCAAAGGUAUUCAGUUAUGUGCCAGGCAAUUAUUUCAUUGCUGAUAUACCAACUGCUGCUCAAUAUAAUGGUACAAUUAAAAAAAUUUACAUAAUGAAUGUGACACUUAAAAUCCUUGACAUCCUGGUCAUAAUAACAGCUGUUGCAGUUUCCACAGUUAAUGCAGCAAAAUUUUUGUCCAACAAACCCGACUUCUUAAUACCCUGUCGUUUGCAGGAUCCAGAUUUUGGCAAAUGUUUUAGCAAAAAUUUUCAAGUGAUAUUUCGCGAGUGGAAGUCUGGCAUACCUGGUUAUAAAGCUGCCGGUUCCUUUGAUCCUAUAUAUGUUAAACGUAUUUUGUUUUCUCAAGAUCCCAAAAAUCCUGUGGCAUUAAAUGUUGAUCUUUCUAAUGUGGUGGUAACUGGCGCCAGUAAUAUGAUCGUUCAAGAAAUCAGUUUCGAUGCAAAAACAUUAGUUUUACAUGCUAAAUUAUUAGUGCCAAAAUUGCAGUUUGCUUUCGAUUAUAAGAUUAAUGGACAAAUAUUAAAUUUAGUUUUAAAAAGUCAUGGCAAGGGUUUCUUCAAAAUUGAGAAUUUGGGCAUGAUCCUUAACGUACAACUUAAGUUGCGCGACGAACAUGGUUUCACAUUUGGCGAUGUCGAAAAAUUACAUAUGGAUGUUACAAAUAUAGGAGGUGUACAUACACAAUUUGAUAAUCUUUUCAAUGGUCAGAAGGAUAUAGAGGAUAGUACAAAUACUCUUAUAAAUGAGAAUUGGCGAGAUUUUUAUGAAAUUUUACGACCCGCUGUAACAGAAGCCGUACAGGAGAUAAUGAAAGGAUCGACUAAAAAAGUCACUCGGGUUAUGUAUCCUGGCUUUAAGGAAGGUGGUUCCUUUGAUCCUUUAUAUGUAAAGCGUAUUGUUAUUGCUCAAAAUGACAAUAAUCCUUUGGCUAUAAAUGCUGAUUUGAAAAAUAUGGUUAUAACAGGAGCCAGUGGCAUAGUGGUAAAGGAUGCCCAUUUCAAUCCCAAUACAUUAUUUUCAAAAAUUAAACUUUUUGUGCCAAAAUUAACGCUUUGA